AACGGUCGACCAUUUGGCACCAGCAGUUUUCGUCUGCACGCCCUCUUUCCCUCAUUGGCUCUCCCUGAAGGCAGGGUCGUAUAUAUACUCCCAAGUUGCUCUAUUCUGUCCUUUUUUGGAAGCUCGCAGCUGUCUCGGUACCAACAUGCCUGUCAUCAGAACCCUCAGUAAGGUGGCCAGGCAGGCCCUGCUCAGCACCCCAGGGUGCAGCUGCCAGCCCCUAACGGCUGUACGCAACAUCAGCUUCUCCCCUCGGCAGGUGACGUCUGAUGCCAGCUUCCACUCUGUGUCCUUCUCAGAAACAGACCACCCCAAGGUGCUUAUCACAGGUGGCCUUGGGCAGCUUGGGGUGGGGCUCGCCAAAUUGUUGAGAAAGAGGUUUGGAAAGAACAACGUCAUUCUGUCCGACAUCAGGAAACCUCCAAGCAACGUUUUCCACAGCGGCCCCUUCAUCUACUCAGACAUCCUGGACUACAAGAACCUGCGGGAGAUUGUGGUGAACAACCGCAUCACUUGGCUGGUUCACUACAGCGCCCUCCUCAGUGCGGUUGGAGAGGCUAACGUAGCCCUGGCGCGCUCUGUAAACAUCACCGGGCUUCACAACAUCUUAGACAUUGCAGCCGAGCACGGGUUGCGUCUGUUUGUCCCGAGCACCAUCGGUGCCUUUGGUCCCACUUCUCCCCGCAACCCUACGCCAGAUCUCUGUGUGCAGAGACCUCGGACCAUCUAUGGUGUCUCAAAAGUCCAUGCUGAGCUGAUGGGAGAGUACUACCACCAUCGUUAUGGCCUGGACUUCCGCUGUCUCCGCUACCCAGGAAUCAUUUCUGCUGACUCCAUGCCCGGGGGUGGCACAACAGACUAUGCCGUCCAGAUUUUCCACGAUGCGAUCAAAAGUGGCAAGUUUGAGUGCAACUUGAGACCCGACACGCGGCUGCCGAUGAUGUACAUUGACGACUGCCUGCGUGCCACGCUGGAGGUGAUGGAGGCGCCGGUUGACACGCUGAGCAUGAGGACCUACAACAUCAACGCCAUGAGCUUCACCCCUGAGGAACUGGCCCAGGAGCUCCAGAAACAGAUGCCCGAGCUGGAGGUCACAUAUGACAUUGACCACGUACGGCAGGCCAUUGCUGACAGUUGGCCAAUGAACUUCGACGACUCCAAUGCGCGGAAGGACUGGGGCUGGAAGCACGAUUAUGACCUUCCGGAGCUCGUCCAGACGAUGCUUAACUUCUUCGGCGCCGAGACGCUCAUGGCUCGUGCUAACUGAAGGCGGACAGCGAGUAUUCUUUGUACAUAAUGUAAAGACUGACCAAAGAGAAUAGAGUAACAAGGCCUGUACAUAGUUGUUCUCUCACUUCUCUGUGAAAUCAGAAGGGCUGUGCUUGCCUGGCAUAAGGCUAUCAUUUCUCCAGAAUGUGAAGGUCAGCUCCUGCUCCUGUCUAUCUACCCGUGCUUCACUCUUUCUGCUCAUCUUUCUUCUUGAAGAUUUGAAAGAGCAGUCUGUCAAUGGGAGGCUGUCAGCAGUAUCUGUGAUAACAAGUGGCCUGUGAAAGCUUGUUUGGAUGUAAUACAAGAUGACUUGCAUGUUGAUCAAUUGUGCAAAAUUGUUGUGCAAUGUUG